AUGAAUGAAAAAACUAGUAUCAUCCUUUUUGGACCAACUGGGCAAGGAAAAUCCUCAAUUGCUAACAUGUUGAUACAAGGUGACAUUAGUCACAAAGAAAAUAAAUUCGUAGUUAAUGAUGGUGUUGUUGGUGCGAGUGUUUCGAUACAAUGCAAUGAUACUAUGGAUAACGUGAGUUCUUAUAUAGAGCGUAAAACUAAUGAUGAAUUUAUGAUUUACGAUACGAUAAGAGUAGGUGAAGCUUGUUCUGGUAAGGUUUCGCAAAAGAAGACUGUCAAAGAGAUAAGAGAUUAUUUUAUUACUCGUCAGUUUCCGCUCAACUAUAUAGCUUUCGUUAAAAAGAAAGGCAGAAUUACCGAAGAAGAUCUUAAAAUGUUCAACUUAUUUAAAGAGAUCUUUGCGGGAAACGAGAAAAAUUUCAUUAUCAUUAUCACUCAUAGUAGUCAGAAAUGGGUCGAACAAAACUCAGAAUCAUUAAAGAAGAAUUUUAGAGAAGAUUAUCCGAUUAUUCCGGUCGAUUUUCCUUGUAGUGAAGAUGAUGAUGAUGCUGUCAUUCAACGAAACAAAAGAGUACAAAGUCAGAGCCUGCAACAUUUAACAUAUAAGCUUUCUGAAUUAAAAUACAAGAGUAUUAUUCUUCAGGUUCGUAGCCCGAUCCAGUCGACCGAGGACGACAUAGCUCAAGUCAUUUACUUCAUACCAGUAGCUGGAUCGGCAUACCAACUGAUUUCUUCUGGUGUUUAUUAUGGGGUAGGAGAGACAGAUUUGGCAAAAAAACGAUUUAAAAAUGGAGUUUUCAGGGCUGGUCUCGACUUUGUGAUGGUUAGUGUUAUUGGAAAAGUAAUAUUUUCAAAAGGAUUCGUACAUUUAUGGUAG